AUGUCCUACUACAGGUCAAGACGGAGAAACGCUGACGGAACAACCCUUGAGUAUAGUACCGAUCACUCCUCGAGACAAUUCUCCUCGCGUUACCAGCCCUAUCAGAGCCAAGGGUCUCCCUCGCGCCCACCAUCUAGUAUAGGAAACGCUCCCUACAUCCCGCCUCCCGCGGCGUCGGUCGUGGAUGCUCCGCCGUACCCAUCUCGCGCAGGGUCUCCUACUCGGCCGUGGACUCCGUCUCGUGCGUCGGAAUGGGGCAGACCCCCCGGGCCCCCGUCAGUCUCUAGUCUCGGUUAUGAAAGAGCGGAUCUGAAUGGUAGUCCGCGACCGGGCACCCCGAGUUCAAGAUAUGGUGGAAGCCCACGUCGGCCUCUACCCACCGCUCCAUUGUUCUCUGUCGCCGGUUCAAGUAUAGACACGAGCAUCGAUAUUGGCGAUGGCAACACACAAGCUGACGAAUAUGGCGAUGAGGAUCCUUUUGGCGGCGGAGGCCGGACGACAAGCGAUCUCGGCGACCGGCCCAUGUCAUUCAUGAGCGAUUCAACCAUGGUCAUUGACGACAAGGAAGAUAUGGAGAAGAUUGACCUUGACGAGGAAGAGGAUGAUUCCGCGCGUAUGAUCGAUCCGAACCUUCACUAUGGUCCUGCCCCCGAAAAACAGAACCGUCGUGGGGUGCGCGAGACGCAGAUGUCGAAGAAACAGGUCCAACUGAUCAACGGCGAGUUGAUUCUGGAAUGUAAAAUCCCAACCAUUCUGCACAGCUUUCUGCCUCGUCGUGACGACCGUGAGUUUACCCACAUGCGAUACACGGCGGUUACCUGUGACCCGGAUGAUUUCACUGCGAGAGGCUACAAGUUGCGCCAGCAGAUCGGAAGCACAAUGCGCGAAACGGAGCUGUUCAUCUGCAUCACCAUGUACAACGAGGACGAGAUCAGUUUUACGCGGACCAUGCAUGGUGUCAUGCGCAACAUCAGCCAUCUCUGUUCUCGUACCAAGUCUCGUACCUGGGGCAAAGACGGCUGGAAGAAGAUUGUCGUCUGCAUCAUUGCAGAUGGGCGCAAGAAGGUGCACCCGCGCACGCUCAACGCCAUAGCGGCUCUAGGCGUUUACCAGGAGGGAAUCGCCAAAAACAUCGUGAACCAGAAGCAGGUCACGGCCCACGUGUAUGAGUACACCACGCAGGUAUCGCUGGAUGACGACCUCAAGUUCAAAGGUGCCGAGAAGGGCAUUGUCCCCUGUCAAGUCAUCUUUUGUCUCAAGGAGCACAACCAGAAGAAGCUGAACUCUCACCGCUGGUUCUUCAACGCCUUCGGACGCGCCCUGCAACCCAACAUCUGCGUCUUGCUCGACGUUGGUACCAAGCCCUCCCAGACAGCCAUCUACCAUCUCUGGAAGGCCUUUGACCAGGACUCCAAUGUGGCCGGCGCCGCUGGAGAGAUCAAAGCCGGCAUCGGCAAGCGCGGAAAGGGCCUGCUGAAUCCCCUGGUUGCCAGCCAGAAUUUUGAGUACAAGAUGUCCAACAUCCUCGAUAAGCCUCUUGAGUCUGUCUUCGGAUAUAUUACCGUCUUGCCAGGUGCCUUGAGUGCGUAUCGGUUUUUCGCGCUGCAGAAUGAUGCCGAUGGCAAUGGGCCCUUGAAUCAGUACUUCAAGGGUGAGACACUGCGCGGCAAGGAUGCCGACGUCUUCACGGCAAACAUGUAUCUUGCCGAAGAUCGAAUUCUGUGCUGGGAGCUGGUCGCCAAGCGCGAGGAACGCUGGGUUUUGCGUUUUGUCAAGAGCGCUGUGGGCGAGACAGAUGUGCCAGACACCAUUCCGGAGUUUAUCUCGCAGCGUCGACGAUGGCUUAACGGAGCGUUCUUUGCUGCGGUCUACUCUAUCUUCAACUCACAGCAGAUCUGGAAGACAGACCACACAUUGGGGCGCAAGAUUCUGCUUCACGUCGAAUUUGUCUACCAGGGCUUUAACCUGAUGUUCACUUAUUUCUGCUUGGCCAACUUCUACUUGGCGUUCUACUUCAUCGCAGGUUCCCUCAGUAGUUCGAAAAUCGAUCCGUUCGGGCACAACAUGGGUAAAUAUAUCUUCCAAGUGCUGCGCUAUGCCUGCAUCGUCGUCAUGUGUUUGCAAUUUAUCAUUUCGAUGGGCAAUCGGCCGCAAGGAGCCAAAAAGCUUUACUUGUCUGGAAUCAUCGUGUACAGUAUAAUCAUGGCCUACACCAUCUUUGCCGCUCUGUAUCUGGUCGUUCUGGAAUUGAUUGCGCGCUUCGAGGGCAGCUCGUCGCUUACCGUCAGCACGAGUCUCUUUGUGAACAUUGUCAUCUCGAUGCUUUCAACGGUCGGGCUGUACUUUUACACGUCGUUCCUCUAUCUGGACCCGUGGCAUAUGUUUACCUCAUCGGCACAAUACUUCCUACUCAUGCCCAGUUACGUAUGCACGCUGCAGGUGUAUGCAUUUUGCAACACGCACGACGUUACCUGGGGUACCAAGGGUGACAAUGUGGUGAACACAGAUCUGGGUAUGGCGCAGGCAAUCAACGGGUCAACGGUGGUGGUUGAGAUGCCCUCGGAACAACUGGACAUUGACAGCGGCUACGACGCUGCGCUGCGCAACCUGCGCGACCGUCUCGAGGUGCCAGAGGCCCCCAUCUCCGAGAGCCAGCAGCAGGAAGACUACUACCGCGCGGUGCGUACGUACAUGGUCUCCAUCUGGAUGGCCGCCAAUGUCAUCCUGGCCAUGGCCAUAUCGGAGGUGUACGGCGUCGACUCGGAGGGUACCAACAUCUACCUGGCGAUCAUCCUGUGGGCUGUCGCUGUUUUGGCCAUGGUCCGCGCCGUCGGCUCUACCACCUACGCCAUCCUCAACUUGAUCCACAAGAUCAUCGAGGGCAAGACCAAGUUCGAUGCAGGCAACAUGUCCUCCAGCUCCAAGUCUGAUGCCCCCAGCAAGGCUAUGAAGUAUGCUCGGGGAACCUGGAAGGACCGGAUCCGCGAUACAGGCGGUAACGUCACGGAGACCGUCAAGAGCAAGGCUGGUCUGUUGGCCUUUUGGAAACGGAAGAAAUGA